CACACACACACACACACACACACACACACACACACACACACACACACACACACACACACACACACACACACACACACACACAGAGGCUCGCUCGCUCGCUCACACACACACACACAGCGCCAGGGACUCCAGUUCAGUUAGUGUUGUGAGAUGAGCUGUUUAAGUCAUGGCGAGGAACGUGAUUCCGUGGGUUUGGCUGAAGAAGCCCAUCUACAUACAGGCUCGGUUCUCCUACUUGCACAUGAAGUACCUGUUCUUUUCCUGGCUGGCUGUGUUUGUCGGAAGCUGGGUGGUAUAUGUCGAGUACUCCUCUUAUACAGAGCUGUGCCGUGGACAUGAAUGCAAAAACACUAUUUGUGAGAAGUUCCAGAAAGGGGUGAUCGAUGGUACAGCAUGCAGCAGCUUAUGUGAGAAGCAGACACUGUAUUUUGGGAAAUGUCUGUCCGCCAAACCCAGUAACCAGGUGUAUUCUGGUAGCUGGGGAGAUUUGGAGGGUAUCAUUAAGUGCCACAUGGAGGACAUUCCUCACUAUGACCUGGAAGGAGAGCUGGAACCACGAAGAGAAUCGGCAGCCUUUAAUAGGCCAACUAGAGGCACAUCUGUGGAGAAGUUCAGAGAGAUGGUCCUGAGCCACCUAAAGGAGAAGGUGGGCGAUCAGGCCAACCUGCACGACUUGGUGGCACUUGUGCUUGGCGUGGCUGAUGCCAACAAGGACAGCGAAAUAUCUCUGGCAGAAGCUCGCUCAUCCUGGGCUCUGCUGCAACUGAACGAGUUUUUGAUGGCAGUGGUUCUGCAAGGGCGGGAACACACACCAAGACUUCUGGGAUUUUGUGGAGACUUGUAUGUAGUGGAAAAGGUGCCUUAUGCACCACUUUAUGGCCUCAGCCUGCCCUGGGCUGUGGAGUUAUGGCUUCCAGCUGGACUACGCAGGAGAAUGGAUCAAUGGGUGACACCAUCGUGGCCUCGCAAGGCCAAAAUUGCAAUUGGCCUCUUAGAACUGGUGGAAGACAUCUUCCAUGGGCCAUUUGGCAGCUUUCUCAUGUGUGAAGUGAAUGCAGCGUGCUUCGGCUACACAGAGCGCCAUGACCUGAAGGUGCUGGAUGCUAGACGGAUCGUUCCUGAAGCUGCUUUCCAGAAAGUGAUGCGUGAGCGGCGGUGUGAAAUUGACUCCGACUGUCUAUAUGGAGUAGAUUGCCACACCACCUGUGACCUCACGAAGCACCGCUGCACCACUGAGGUGACGCAGCCCAACCUGACUAAAGUGUGUGCUGCACUAAAGGACUACCUGCUCUAUGGAGCACCACCGGAAGUGAAGGAAGAGUUGGAAAAGCAGCUAUAUGCAUGCAUGGCCCUGAGAGGAGCCACUGAGCAAAUGGAGAUGGAACACUCGCUUAUCCUGAACAACCUGAAGACACUGCUGUGGAAGAAGAUUUCACACACCAAGGAUUCAAAAUGAAAACUGAAUUACUGUAGUUGUGUCUGGACAUGAAUCAAACUAUAAAGGUUUCUAAUCUAUUUUUUUCCUGAAAUGAAGCUACUCUGUGCUCCCAAGCGAGGUAUCAUUAUGGUGCAGCCUUUGCAUCAUUGCUGCCUCACAGCUCCUGGGUCACCCUGUACAGUAUGUCCUGAAGCCAAGUUCCUCUCUGUGCACUUCUCCACAGGCUCACAUUACACGGUGUGCACAAUUAUUAGGCAAGUUGGAUUUUUGAGGAUUACUUUUGUUAUUGUACAGCUACAGUGCUCUUGGUCAAUCCAAAAUGUUAACAAACCCUCAAACCUGAACAUUUAAGUAGUAAAAGUAAAGUUUUGGCUUUCUUAAGAGAAUAUCUAUAUGUAUACCUUUAUUAAGCAACUAUUAGUGUGCAGAAUUAUUAUGCAAAUAAUGAAAAACAAAGAUUUUCCCAUCACACUUGUUUAUUUUCACCUGUUAAAGUGAGAAUAAUAAACAAACUUAAAAUUUACAAAUAAACAUUUCUGAAAUUUCCAAAAAAAAAACCUCAGUGACCAAUAUAACCACCCUUCAUUUCAUUAACAGUCACAGGCCUUCCAUUCAGUCAGUUUCUUGAUCUGGUCAGAAUCAACUUUUUGUGCAGUUGUGGAAUAUGGCAGCACUGGAGGAUAAUGGGUUCCUGGUAGCAUCAUGUUUGAUUCUUCUCAAAUCUUUGGCGGAUAAUUUGCGUCUUUUCUUCUCGACACGUUUCUUGCGACCCUGUUGACUAUUUGCAAUGAAACGUUGAUGGUUCAUUGAUCACACCACAAAAUGUUUUAUAUUUCAAGAGUGCUGCAUCCCUCUGAAAGACUUUCCAAUUUUUGACUUUACAGUCAGUUAAAUUUCUCUUUUGGCCCAUUUUCCCUGAGAAGGAUCUGCCUAAUAAUUGUGCACACCUUGAUACAGGGUGUUGAUCUACUUAAGCCACACCCUCCCUCAUUGCACAAAUACACAUCACCUGAUAUGCAUUAAAUCCAAUAAGCAUUCAAGUUUAUCGACUUGGAGGUGGAAAUUAUGGAUAAAAUGGUAUGGUCAAAAUAAUCACUUGCCUAAUAAUUGUGCACACACUGUAGUUUUCUCCUACCUCCAAAACUUCUUGCCUCUAAGUGGAUUGGCUAUGAUAAAUUGGCCUGUGUGCUAACGAGUAUGUGAAUGUUGCCCUCCUAUUGAACAGCAUCUUACUCCUAUAAAGUAAUUAAGAUAAAGGAAUGGGCUCCCAAGGGGCAAAACUGUGUGGUUUCCCCCUAUCAGGAGAUUGCUGGUCACAUACUGAUGAUGCCACAGCUAUUCAUGACCAGAAGACCAUAAUCGGUCAUGCUCUCUGGGUGGAAAGAAUUGUCCACUAAAUUGCGGUUACAUAAGCAGCACUGAUUACUGGCUGUCUUUGUCAUUUAACUAAGCAGCACCUGGAAAUUAGACGAUUAUUGUGAGGAAAAUUGGGUUUGAGAAAUUAGGCCGGUGAUCAUGCACAAUUGGAGCAAAUGUAUAAGUCUUAACUACAGUAUAUACCUUGCUGUAGAAGACAUACUAGAGGUCCAGCAUGAAGGCAAAUAACAGCAGACAUCCCACCAGAAGAUGUCAAGACUGCCAGUGAAACUCUCAAACUGCAAUGUCCUAGUUUCUGUAUUAUAGAAUGGUGAAAUAUUUUGGAAGAUUUAUAAGCUUGUUCUAAUACCUUUAAUCUAAAAGUUAUUUAAAAUGUAAUUUUGUAGAGAGAGACAAUGUCGAUGUAUAAAUGGUUUUCAGCAGCAGUCCUGCUCAGCUGUAUGUAGAAAGCAGUUUCAAGCAUUUUUAAAACGAGGCAUGAUAUUUAUGUAAGUUAGAAGCAUGUUAUUAUUUGCACAACUUGUAGCAUGUGUACAAGUGUGGUUCUGAUUUUAGUUGGAAAUAUCAGGAUUACCAUCAGGGCUUAAUUAAAACAUCGGUCUAAACCGAAGCCUUACCAGGUGUAAUCAGGAGUAACUGCAUGUCACUGCCCCAACUGAUCUACAGAACACUGUGUACUUAAUGUAUUUGAAAGAAGCAUAUUUGUCCAUAAAUAAAGAGAUUGUUGUUAA